GCCGGGAAUCCGCCUUAUACACGCGAAUAUUUUCACAAUGUCUAGUUCUCAAGCCGUCUCCCGGACUGAAGGUCCUAGUUCAGCAACCUGGGAAAUGCACAAAGAGACGAUAAAGAAACUCUACAUUAAGGAGAACAUGCCUUUGAAGGAUGUAAUCGACAUAAUGAGAGUUGACCAUGGCCUAGUGGCUAGUGUCAAGAUGUACAAGUACCGGCUCAAGACUUGGGGUCUUCGCAAGAACCAACCCAUAAGGCGCAGGACCAGUGGCAACCUCGACUCUGAUUCCAAUCUCUCGUGUGGAAGCUGUCCAGUCACGAGAACUUCAUCUCCUCUGCCUCAUCCUCUAUCAACAACAACGUCCAGGAGUAGUCAAUCCGAGCAAUCGGGGGCCACCGAAAACAUCCUCAGGAUUCUUAACCGCUACUUCAGCAGCCUCGACGACCCGUCGACGGUACCAUUUCCACAACUGUCCGCAGAAGAACUUUACCAGAUCCAGCUGCGGCGCCAGCACGGCAGCAUGGAGAUGUUACGGGACAGCGAUCCACACUCGAGCACCGAGAUGGCCAUGCUCAACUUCUUCAUGUACCAAAUCACAACUCUGGCCAAGCAGCGCGAGUACUGGUCCUUUGUCCACGGCCUCUUCCUCCUGCACCGCUUCUCCCUGAUCCCCGGCAGCGGGCCCUUCAUCACCAUGAUGGUCAAGCAGUACCGCGACGCCCUCCGCAUCUACCUCGAGCCAGGCCACCCCUUUGAGCAGAUGUGGUCGCAGGUCGCCGACGAGGUCGACCAGCAGCAGCAGCUCCACGGCGCCCCGCUGCCGGGCGUCGUGCCCCUCGCCGCCAUCGAGGUCUACAUGCGCUGCGUCGACGAUCAUCUCCGCUCCCACUUUGGCCGCCUCGACUACACGUAUCAGGAUUCGCACCUGCGCCUGCUCAUCAACGCCUCGCGGCCCUGCGACUACGCCGCCGAGGUCUUUUCCCUAGUCGACGACGCCGGCUUCCCCGCCUCCGACAUGCGCUUCAUCCUCUCUUCCGUCCUUGCCGAGGAGCUGAUGAAGGAGUGCGUUUACAUCGAGCUGCGGCGCUUCUCGCCCAACGCGUCGUCGCUGCCGCCUGGCGGGCCUACCCCAUCCACGCGGUCACCGUCGUUUGAGGAAGCUUCCGAGGAAGACGAAGGCGGCUUCUUGCCGUUCGACGAGGUCUUUUCCACAGACAGGGACGCCGUCGACGUGCUAGUGCGCCUGAUUGGCCGACUGCAGACUGCAGCUCGAUCUGGCAGGGGCCUCGGCCCAGAGGCUUUGCGUCGAAUCAAGAUGGAGGCUGCGACUGUGAUUGGGGACAGGGAUGACAUGGGCCAAGAUUCGACAAAUACCUCUUCGCCGUCUUAUACGAUGUGA